UAUCUCUUAGAAAAAUCAGUCAAAAGUAACGGAUUUGAAACGCCAUCUUCAAAUUCAAUAAACGGAAGAACAAAUGACAUCAACAUCUGUGCCGUUGAUUACUUCUAAUUUUCAUGGAAAAUCCUCACUUUAUGGCCAAGAAUCCUUUCAAAGUUCUACAUUUUGGUGACCUUUUCACCUUAUCUUAAAGAAAAGAGAAACAGAAGAGGAUUGGUUUGUGGGUCUGACAUGUCCAUCGACACCGAUUCGCCUCGUUCUCUGCUGAUAUGUAGGGCUAAAUGUGUAGAGGUAGAGCUGUAAAAUCAAAAUUGAAAGAGAGGUAAGUAGCUUUGUAUUCCUCAAGCUUCAUUUCCGUUGUUUGAAUCCAAUUGCAGAAUGUUAGGGAGUGCUGUAAGAGCUUCAACAAAUCAUAGACAACACUAUUUUCUCGAAAACCCUUCAUUAUUAUCAUCUCUCAGACACAUCUCAUCAAGCAAAAGCAAUGGAAAUGCAAAUCAACACUCAUUUACUGUUUCUUACCUCGUUAACAAAUGUGGGUUUUCACUAAAAUCUGCAUUAGAAGCUUCUAAACGUGUCCAUUAUGAAACCCCACAUAAACCCGAUUCUUUACUUAGCUUCUUCAAGGACCAUGGCUUCUCAGAGAACCAAACUUUAAAACUUACCAGAAAAUGCCCUGAACUGCUUUUGUACAAUCCUGACAAAACCCUUUUACCCAAACUUGAGUUUUUGUAUUCUAAAGGUGUUUCAACCGCUGAUGUUGCUAAAAUCAUAUCCUUCUACCCUUGGAUUUUGAGAUGCAGCCUAGAAAACCAGUUAGUCCCUACUUUUGAUUUUUUGAAAAAUUGGUUCCCAAAUGAUACCAUUGUUCAAUUAUUCAAAAGUACUCCUCUUGUUCUUCAACUUAAUCCUGUAACUGUGAAAUAUAUUUCCCAGAUUUUGCGAGAUAAUGGAGUGCCUGACAAGAAUAUUGUUAUGCUAGUUCGUAGCCACCCUAAAACAUUGUUGUUGAGUCCAAAGAAAUUUAACAUGGUGCUGUGCAAAGUGAGGAAAAUGGGAUUAGAUCCUUGCAAGACUCAAUUUGUCGUUGCGAUCCUAGCAUUGACGUCCAUGAGCAGAUCCACAUGGGAAAAGAAACUUGAUGUAUAUAGGAGAUGGGGUUUGUCCCAUGAAGAGAUUCUUUCAGCAUUUGCAAAGUCUCCAUGGUUUAUGACCCUAUCUGAAGAGAAGGUUGUGGCAGUGAUGGAUCUUUUUGUCAACAAAUUGGGUUGGGAAUCUUCUUUUAUUGCCAAAAACCCAACACUUGUCUCGUAUAGCUUGGAAAAGAGGCUCACUCCAAGGGCUUCGGUUUUGCAAUUUCUAGUGUCUCAAGGUUUGAUUAAGAAGAGUUUCAGAAGCACUACAUUCUUCAUUGCAUCUGAAAAUAAGUUCCUGCAGCAGUUCAUAAAUCAGCGUGCUGAAUCUACCCAGAUAUUGAAACUGUACCAGGAGAAAUUGAAUCUUUUAAGAUAAAGGAUCAUAGAUGAAAAGGAUUGAAUCUUAUGCUCAACAACAAUUCUUAUGGUCAUCCAUCAUGAUGGAAUAACAAUCCCUUCCCUGUUUUGUGUGAACUCCAUGAUUGUUUUUAUGUGGUCACUUUUGUGAAUGUAGUAGAAAAAUCCACACAUAUGCUGAUAUGGUCUGUAGACUUGAGGAAUAUUUCGGCUUCUGCAAGGCACUCUGCUUGAUGGAAAUUGCUCUGAGAUUUCAAAGAUAACGGUGCAACCUUCAUUCUUUGGAUUCUUGCUUUCUCAUACUUGUGGGAAACUUCUUGUAAUGGUGAAACUCUAUUGUACUUGGUUCUUACAGAAAAAUUGUGGAUGGAUACUGUGCAGGAGACAACUUUUUUUGCCAUAUUUUUUUGGUGGUGGGUGAGUAAUGAAAUUGGGAAACCAUUAGCAAGAUAUAGCAGACAUUCUCCGGGAUUGUUUCUUGAUAUAACUUGGGAAAAUAAUGCACAAUUGUUUCAAUUUA